AUGACAGCGAUCGGACUGGGCUUGCUUGCUGCGAUCGCCGGCUUUGCCUUUCCGGCUCCGCUCCUCGCCAUCAUCAACCAGGACAUUGGCCCUAGCGCCGACAUCUCCUGGGUGUCGCUGACCUACACGCUGACGAUCGCGGUUGGCCUUACCCUGAUCGGCGGCACCACAGAUAUUUUUUUGGGGAGGCGAUACAUUUUUAUCGGCGGCGGUGUCCUCGGAACCGUUGGGAGUAUCGUAUGCGCGAGAGCGGACAGCGUCAACACCUUGAUCGGAGACAUGACAUUGAUCGGACUGGCUGCAUCGACUCGGGUAUCUUAUUUCUACGUGGUGGCAGAGCUUGUGCCGAUGAAAUACCGCUUCGCAGCCAACAGCCUCAUGUAUAUCUUCACGACGCCUGGCCGUGCCUUUGCGCCUGCCAUCGGCGAGAGUUUGGUCCGCACCACCUCUGCGGGCUGGCGGGGAGUGUUUUACGUCCUGAUCGCCAUCAAUGCCGUUGUGUUACUGUGUUUCACUUUGUUUUACUGGCCGCCCACCUUCCAGGAGAAGCAUGACAGCCAGCGAAAAUGGGCCUACGUUCGUCAGUUCGACUAUUUCGGAACCCUCCUGUUCGUGUCCGCCCUGGCACUCUUUCUCAUGGGCCUCUCCUGGGGUGGCUCUCGUUACCCAUGGCUGUCCUCAUAUGUGGUCGCUACCAUUGUCGUCGGCGGGUUAUCGUUUAUCGCAUUCAUCCUCUGGGAGUGGUAUGGUCCAACCCGGCAGCCGCUCGUUCCGAUGCGUAUGUUGCGAGAUUUGCAAUGGACGGCGGCGGUUAUCACCUCGGGGCUCGGUUCAAGCCUCUACUAUGGCCUUGCCAUCGUCUGGCCAUCAAUGGUGUCCCUCAUUUAUGCCUCCGGGAAUUCUGUCCCUGACAGCUUGCUCUCCUCGCUCGUCGGAGCCGGCUGCAUUGCGACCCUUGCGAUUGCGGGGAUCCUGUUUGCCUGUGUCGCGACGUGCACCGUGGAUUCACACGACCGAGCUUGUUGGUUGGUGGCCUUUGGCACGUUCUUCGCCGGAUGGGUGGAGGGGCUAUCCCUUCCGACUACGACCCUCGCGCUCGGCGAUCAGGAUGAACUGGGCACUGGCUGUGGGUUCGGUGACUCGAUUCGCUUUUCCAUCACGACCGUCGUCACGGCGAUCUACAACGUCAUCAUUACUACCCGUAGCCUGCCCCCCGAAGCCAUACAGACCCUAAUUGCCGCCCUGUCAGCUGGUCAGGCUCCGACAACCGUGGUGGGGGUUACCCCAGGGCUCGGGGCUAGAGCUCUUCAAGCCUUCAAGGAGGCCAACAUUCAGGCGUACCGCACGGUUUUCUUCAGUACAAUCGCAGUUACAGGGCUCGGGCUGGUGGCCACCCUGUUACUGCCCGAUGUCGACUCGUUGAUGAGCGAGGAGGCCACUGUCACUCUGAGCCGGACGAAACACCCGCCGUCGAUGGCGAGGAAAACGCAUCGAACCACCUAA